AAGUCAGAGAUCCCAUUCUACAGUCAACACAAGAACCUUUCCCAGGCGCAUGUGACUCGCAGCAGUGUGAGGCUUUGAGCUCCUUUGCUCCGAGCUCUCGUGGUGUCCGUGUCUUUUGAUGCUGAUAGACAGGUGAGGAGGAGGGAGGGGAUGGAGUUCACGAACGGCGGGUCGUCGUCGCAGCGCCAGCCCGCGGCGGCGGAGGGGGCGCCGCUGGCGAGGCAGGGGUCGGUCUACUCGCUGACGUUCGACGAGUUCCAGAGCACGCUCGGCGGGGUCGCCGGCGGCGGCGGCGUUGGCGUCGGGAAGGACUUCGGCUCUAUGAACAUGGACGAACUGCUCCGGAGCAUCUGGACCGCGGAGGAGACCCAGGCCAUGGCCUCCGCCUCCGCCGCGGGCGUGGGUGCGGUCGCGGGUGCGGGGGCGCCGCCCGCGCCGCUGCAGCGCCAGGGCUCGUCUCUCACGCUGCCCCGCGCGCUCAGCUCCAAGACGGUCGACGAGGUGUGGCGCAACCUCGUGCGCGACGAUCCGCCGGAGGGGGCGGACGGCGGCGGCCAGCAGCCCCAGCGACAGUCGACGCUCGGGGAGAUGACUCUGGAGGAGUUCUUGGUCAGAGCCGGCGUGGUCUGGGAGAACCCCGCCCCUGCGCCGGCCCGUAAAAGCGCUGCCUUCUUCGGGAACUUCCCGGGUGCCGACGACGCUGCGGCUGCGGCAGCGCUGGGGUUUGCGCCGGUUGGCAUGGGGAAUCUGGCCCUGGGCAAUGGGCUGAUACCCAGGGCAGCGGGCAUGGGGGGCACCGCCAUGGCUGUGCAAACAGCGGUGAACCAGCUUGAUUCUGGUGGGAAGGGGAACAGCGACCUGUCGUCGCCGACGGAGCCGCUACCGUAUUCCUUUGAGGGGAUGAUUAGGGGGAGAAGGAAUGGCGGCGGAGUGGAGAAAGUGGUGGAGAGGAGGCAUAGGAGGAUGAUUAAGAACAGGGAGUCCGCGGCGAGGUCCCGGGCGCGCAAACAGGCUUAUACGAUGGAAUUGGAAGCUGAAGUUCAGAAACUCAAGGAGCUGAAUAAGGAACUGGAGAGGAAACAGGCAGAGAUGAAGGAAACGCAGAACGAGGUACCAGAAAUGUUGAAGCACCCAUUCGGCCGGAAGAAACGGCUGUGCUUGCGAAGAACAUUGACUGGCCCGUGGUGAUGAUCGAACAGCAGAUGACUCGCCACAUACCUGCAAUGGCGCUUGUGUUCUGUACGUAAUUUCUCUGCUGUAAAACAGUGAUGAGCAGAGUCGGACAUCGUGGUGCUGCUAGUUUUCUAGUUUCCCUCGCCGCUUGUGUAGUACUAGUAGCGUCAAGAACUAACAUGUGUAGACUAUGUGGUAGAGGAGUGAAGCCGACCGUAAGAACGGCUUGUGGCAGUCCUCGGAGUAUGUGUAGAGCUGUCUAGGUUUGCAUCUUGUCGGCGCAUCACGUAGAGCUUUGGCUGACUUGAGAGGUCAGUGGAUGCAAGUAGAUUGAUGUGAUCCAAGAAACAUCUCGGAUCCGGCUUGAUGACUACCUGUAUAUCUGAUAGCUGUAGCAUGUAACUAUGUAUUGCUGCUUGUGUGUAAUCGGAAAGGCAGACAUCGAGAAUUAUCGUGGUAGCAUGUUCUCUGCUCCGCACCGAUCAAUCUGUUCUUUUUGAGAACUAAGCUUGAAUAUGUUCUUGGUCUUGGUCUCGUUGCA